CAGUUUAGUUGGCGAACCGUUGUUCGAAGCUCUUCAGUACCGACCGAGGCUUCUCCUUCUUAAUCGGUUUUCUUCUUCUAACUUUCGCCGGCCAUUCGGACGGAUUCCAUAUGUCAAUCUCUUCCUCUCUUCGACUUCCAUUUCCUGUAAUUCAAUGGAAAAGAAGAAGCAUCAAUUUGCCUCAUCACAAUCGAACUUGCCUGUGGUCGACUAACAACUCAUUUCAGCAGCCUCCUCCGAGGUUGAAAGAAGUUUCUACCUGCUUCUCGCGGAGGCCGGUGGAGUCUUCUGUGUCUGGACAAGAGAAGAAAAUCGAUAAGGAAGUGGAAUCGGAAGAGUACGUGUUGGAGCGGCUGUUCUCCAACCUUAAUCAAGUUACGUUCAAGCGAGAACCAGGAAGUUUAUCAAGCGCUAUUUUCCUGGUGGCUGGGACUACUAUUGGUGCUGGGAUCCUCGCCAUUCCUGCCGUAACUCAAGAAUCCGGAUUUCUAGCCUCAGCUAUUACGUGCACAUGUUGUUGGGUGUACAUGGUUGUAACAGGACUGCUAAUUGCUGAAGUUAACGUGAAUACCAUGUGCGAACUGGGUUCGGGUGGCGUGUCUCUGGUAUCGAUGGCCAUGAGAACACUUGGGACAGUUGGAGUUCAAGUUUCUUGUUGGUCAUACAUCCUUAUUCACUAUGCACUUCUGGUUGCUUAUGUGGCUCGUUCUUCAGACAUCUUGACCAAUUUUCUCGGCAUUCCCUUAUGGGAGAGUGCAACCUUGUUCUCUUUGAUAUUUGGAGGUGUAUGCUACUUCGGAAGCCAACGCUUUAUCGGUGCUAUCAACGGAGCCCUAGUACUUGGUAUCAUCGUUUCCUUUGCAGGUCUUGUGGCCGUCGCUAGUGGAGGUCUGCACUGGGAUGCUCUUCUUAGAGCUAAUUUCGAAGCUGUGCCUAUGAGUAUACCUAUAAUUGCCCUUUCAUUUGUUUACCAGAAUGUGGUGCCUGUACUAUGUACGAAUUUGGAAGGAAACCUGACAAAAGUAAGGACUUCCAUUGUUCUUGGGACUGCGAUACCAUUGGUUCUAUUUCUUGUCUGGAAUGGUGUCAUUCUAGGGACUAUUUCAAAUCCUGAAAUGGGAUCAGAUAAUAUAUUAGACCCAUUACAGCAAUUGAGAUCAUCGAAUGGAGCUGUAGGACCUAUUGUAGAGGUCUUCUCUCUUUUGGCGAUUGCAACUUCAUACAUUGGAUUUGUUUUAGGCUUGUCCGAUUUUCUUGCCGACUUGCUAAAACUACCAAGUGGAGAGAGCAAACCUUUGCCAUUACUAUUGACAUUAGUACCACCACUUAUCCUAUCAUUACUUGACCCAGAAAUAUUUUUCAAAUCAUUGGACUUGGCUGGCACAUAUGGAGUUUUGCUGCUGUUUGGAAUUAUUCCAGCUGCAAUGUCGUGGUCAGACCGGUAUUCGAAACCACCCCCAUCAGUGAAACUACCAGAGGUGGUUCCCGGAGGAAGGUUCACUCUUGCGCUCGUGAUCGGAGGUGCUGGAUGGGUAAUUUUCUCAGAACUGUUGGAGAACUUAGGGCAUCUAUGAACUUGGAGGAGUAUUUAUUCAUCUCCUUACAAACCUAACUUCAACUUCACAAUUCAUAGGUCUUCACAACAUUGAAAAUUUUUACCCAAUAUAAAUGCUUAUGUGCGGGUGAAAGGAGGUAAAUAUAAUUGUUUAUCAAAACAUCUUCCUCAUAUUUCAUGAAUAUAUUUGUAAUUAAAAACUUGUUACGGUUGCAAAUAUAGAAAUUAGAUUCAAAGUA